UGAAUCGCACAUUGUGCAGGUCUCUGCGGUGUCACUGACCCGUACCGAACCCAUUUACUGUCAGCCAUUGUGUCUGUUUUUCCAUCCUCCAUGCAUCAGAAAACAGAGGAAUUGGCUUAAAGGAACAGGACUGCAUGAACAAUUUGAUAUUGAACUUUAGAAGGGCAUUAGUGUUGUACAGCCAUAAAGGUUUUUAGAGUGUUCAGAUCGUCCACCGUUUGUCAUAUCCUCAGAUUCUGAGGGUCAGUGACCUUGGCUCGGAGCAUUUCUGUGACUAUUCCAUCUACAGUAUAUUUAUCAGCUGGGCUAAGAGAGGAGAUAUUGGGACGACUCAGAGGUGAAGAGCAGGGAGCUGACAUCACAGUGUGAGGACAGUGUCUCGGACCACACGUCCUCCAGCAAACACUGCAACUGUCACACAGCUGGCUUUAACCAGGCCAGUCAUUACAUUUGACCCCACUUUACCGUCCCAGGUGUGGGGAGCCAUUUAGUCACGACAGACAGACAUUACUGAGAUCCUCUCGCCCUUCUCAAGAGAAAACAUCAUCUUUAUAUUCACAUCUGUUACCAAACCCCAGCAGAUUUCUUCAUUAUACUUUUCAUUUUGUAUUCAAUGACCAAACCCUCUCUCAUGGGAGUAACAUAGAGACCAGCCCAGCACAGACGCUCUCUGCACUCUUUCUCUCUCGCAUUCACACACUCACUCACACACACUCAUCUGCACCGUGUUCAGGAUGCCCUCCUCCUCCAGCGUGAUUAGCUGGGGAAGGACUCGGCUCUUGUGGUGAUUGGAGGGGGGAGCGGAGCGGAGCUGGACCCAUGUCGUGGAAGCGGAACUACUUUGCUUCAGGCAGCAGCGGGCUGCAGGGGAUGUUUAACCCACGCACCAUGACCUCCAUCGCUCCCAGCAAAGGCCUGAGCAAUGAGCCGGGUCAGAACAGCUGCUUCCUAAACAGCGCACUGCAGGUCCUUUGGCAUCUCGACAUUUUCCGCCGAAGCUUCCGGCAACUGAACACCCACAAGUGCAUGGAGGACUCGUGCAUCUUCUGCGCUCUGAAGAGCAUCUUUGCCCAGUUCCAGUUCAGCAGUGAGAAGGUGCUCCCAUCGGACGCUCUGCGCAGCGCUCUGGCCAAAACCUUCCAAGACGAGCAGCGCUUCCAGCUGGGCAUCAUGGACGACGCGGCCGAGUGUUUCGAGAACCUUCUGAUGCGGAUCCACUUCCACAUCUCGGAUGAGACCAAGGAGGACAUCUGCACAGCCAAGCACUGUAUCCCACAUCAGAAGUUUGCCAUGACACUUUUCGAACAGUGUGUUUGUAAUAAUUGUGGAGCCACAUCGGAUCCUCUCCCCUUCAUUCAGAUGGUGCACUACAUCUCCACCACCUCUCUCUGCUGCAGUAACCAAGCUGUGCGAAUGCUGGAAUGUAAGGAGAAGCCCACGCCUGACAUGUUUGGAGAGCUUCUCCGUAACGCCAGCACCAUGGGUGACCUGCGAAACUGUCCGAGUAACUGUGGCGAGAUGUUGCGGAUUCGGCGGGUUCUGAUGAACUGCCCGGAGAUCAUCAGCAUCGGCCUGGUGUGGGACUCAGAUCACUCUGAUCUAGCCGAAGACGUCAUCCACAGCCUGGGCACGUGCCUGCGGUUGGGUGAUCUGUUCUACCGUGUGACGGAUGAGAGGGCUAAACAAUCGGAGCUCUACCUUGUGGGCAUGGUUUGCUACUACGGCAAGCAUUACUCCACCUUCUUCUUCCAGACUAAGAUACGCAAGUGGAUGUACUUUGAUGACGCACAUGUGAAAGAGAUUGGACCUAAGUGGAAGGAUGUGGUGUCGAGAUGUAUAAAAGGCCACUACCAGCCACUUCUGCUGCUGUACGCUGACCCCCGAGGGACGCCCGUGUCAUCACAAGACAUGCUGGCAGCACAGCUGGACCUGCAUCACAGCAGCAAGGCCGGCUAUGACAGCGAAGACUCCGGGAGGGAGCCCUCAAUUGCAAGUGACACACGCACAGACUCUUCCACAGACAGCUACAGCUACAAGCACUCUCGAUCACACCAUGAGUCCAUGGCCUCCCAUUUCUCUUCUGAUUCUCAGGGAACUGUGGUGUGUAAUCAGGACAGCAGCGGUUCCCAGAACAGCAUGGACACUGCAGGGGAGGUUCUUAAAGACCAGGCCACUCCCCUUUGUACGCCAAGGCCCUCUUCUACUGGCCGUCUGCAGGACUAUAAAGAGACUGUGAAUAUGAUCCACAGCAGACCACUCUCUUCCUCCUCGAGCUCAGGAGUGGGUGGCUCAGAGGCUGGGGCCCGGGCGAGAGAUUGGGAAGACGAGAGCACCAGCAGCGAGUCCAAGUCCAGCUCCAGUGGAGGGCGCUAUCGCCCCACAUGGAGACCUAGAAGAGAGGCCCUGAACAUUGACAGUAUCUUCAGCAGGGAAAAGCAUCGGCCAGCCGGCUACGCCACGCUCGGACCUUCCCCGCUGCCUGAAGACCCGAUGUCACCAGGGCACAGUCAGCUGGUCUCAGGGGCUGCGGCGGAGGGGUCCAACAUUGCAGCAGCAGAGAUGACUGAUGGCUCAGGGGGUGUGCCAGAAGCGGAAGUGGAGCAUCUACCAAUCCCACCACCUUUAAGAGGUGUGGAACAGCAGCCUCGGCUGAUACAGAGGAUGGAGAGUGGCUAUGAAAGUAGUGAGAGGAACAGCAACAGCCCCAUCAGCAUGGACAUGCCACUCAGCGACAACCCAAGCACCAGUGCUCACAGGGACAGCGGCAGUAAGAGACCCGUGACUUCUGGGCCCUCCUGGCGCACAGUGCCCAAGUCCAAAAGCAGCAGUGCCAUCCUGCAAGACCUCAGAUCACCCACCUGGAGCAGCAGUCCACUGAGUUUGGGAGAGGGGCGCAGCGAGCUGGAUGAAUUGCAAGAGGAAGUUGCUCGCAGGGCCAGGCAGCAGGAGCUCCAGAGAAAGAAGGAGAAGGAGAGAGAAGCAGCACAGGGCUUCAACCCCAGACCCAGCAAGUUCAUGGACCUGGACGAACUUCAGCACCAGGGGAAGGGGGGCAGUUUUGAGCACUGCCUGGCGGAGGCUGACUCUCUCUUAGAGCAGUCACUGCGCCUGGAGCAAGCUGGGGAUACAGCUACAGCCCUGGCGCUCUCCCACCAUGCUGUGUCUAAACUAAGAUUUUCCAUGCAUGAGGGCAGUGCUAACACUCAUAGCAGGACUAUGGCUGCUGACGCCAAGCUGCAAAAAUGCAUGAGGAGAGCGCGGGGCCUACAGCAGCGCAUGCAGCAACAGCAAGAGCAGCAGCAGGAGCCCCACCGCCCACAGGGGCCCAACAGUGAACAGCCUGGCCCGGUCCAAGUACUGUUGACAGACAAUCAGGAAGAGGUCUGGGAGACCAAUCAGGAUUCUGUGCUUGGCUCACCCUCUCCUCAACACAUGAAAUCACCCUCCUCUUGUACAAACACCCCAUCUCAGCCUUCUAGCCACCAGUCGCUCAAUCCCCGGCUUGCCUCUUCUCAGCCACAGCCCCAAGAGCGUGAUGAACACAACAGUUGGACCACCCAAAAUGAGGACGAAUGGGGUGGCAUCAGAUUAUCAGAUGUUCUCCAAGCAUCAGGCAUUCGGAUCAUGCCCAUACGCAAACACCUUGCCAUAUCCCUGCCCUCUUUGCCCCUUGACUUCUGGGGUGUAUUGGGAGAGGACGAAGAGGUCUCCAGCUGUCAGCACCCUCAAUCUCCAAAUCCUCCUUUGUGGCAGGGCACUGCAGAUAGUCCAGACCAGAUACCCCAAUCCAACAAUCCCAGUCCACCACCCACUCCUGUUGAGGGGAAAGGGCCAGUGCUCCGAAGAGCCCCCAUAUGGCAACCCCUAUGUGCAUCUUCCCAGCCCUGCACCAAAUUGACCCCUCCAGUUGCUGCCCGUCAUUGGUCCUCUUGGAGCCUAGACCGUCCUGAUGCUGUUGUCAACCCCUAUAACACACCUCCUGAUCAGAACCAGCAGACAGGACCUGCCCUCUCUCAACACACACCUGGAAGACACCUUGCUCCUCACAGUCCCAUGAGCACCAGGAAGAAGAACAUCCCUAAGUACUCAAACUUCCAGAGCAUGGAGUUGGAACCCACAGAGGCUGAGGACCAGGAACUCUCUGAAUUGGACUCACUUUACCAGGCUAGUCUGCAGGCUGGCCCGGGUCCUGGCCAAGCCCUGCGUACUACCAGCUCACCUGCUGUUGCGAGACCAGUACCUCCUGCUGCACGAAAGCUGCUCACUGGAGUCGGACGCUCUCGGACCCCCACGGCUGAACUUGAGAGAACCGCUUAUGGACCACCAGGUUGUUGCAGCCCUACUGGAUACAUGAACAUGCCCCUGUCAGUGGCCCAUCAAGAGCCUCAGUCAGGAGAGGAAGAACAAUAUGAUGCGGAUCACCUGCGCCGUAUUGCUCGCAGCCUGAGUGGAACGGUCAUUGGCCGUCGCCAUAACCGUCUUGCCGUCUCCCGAAGCUUUCUGGGGGACUCCGGGGUUAAGUCAUAUCACAACGCCAUGUACUCACCUAGUUGCCUUCAGUAUCCAUUGUCUCAUUCAGACUUCCAUCUGCUCCAACCCAGCUAUCUUCAUCUCCUUCCAUCAUCCUCACCCCCAUCUCAGCAGCCUGGGCCUUCCAGAGGGGCCCCAGGAUGUCUCCAGAGGUUCUCCGAGUUUCUGGCUGUGUUUGACCGGCGUCAAGCUCUCUCCAGUGGGAAGCACUACGGUCCAACAGUGAGGUGUAUUGGAAGACAUCCUCUCUAAAGCUCUCACCCAACCAGUUGGAUUUGGACCAGGUCCUCCAGCCCUGGAACAUUUCCACACAUUGUUCCCUUGGAUGACCCCUCUGCACACCCCAUCCCAUUCUCGUCACAGUUUCCUGGAGAACUGUAAGGAGCACUUCCAGAGACCUGAUGCCAUGCUCAAUCACCCUGCACUCUGUAUUGUUCCUGGGAUGAUGUCCUUAAGAUAUCCUGCUAUAGUUGGUAAAUCUUUCCAUGCAGAAGCCCCUAAAGCUCGAUCCACAGCAUGACGGAAAGAGACACCAAAACCAACUUUUUUACAUUUAUUUACGAGCACUGGGAUGGUGUGAUUCUUUGGGGCUGAUGUUGUGUGUGUGUGUGUGUGUGUGUGUAUGACUAACCUAUAGUCAGACUUGCAUCAUGCAAUGAAAGGAGCGUGGGGUCUAGAUUUGGACUCCCGCAGUGAGCCAUCCAACCCAGAGCACUUAACUUAAUUAACCCCAUAAUUCAAUUAAUUGCAGAGGAGAAGCAUACGGUACCUCCUUGCUGCACUAGACGGUAAAUGUGUGUUUGUGUGUAUGCGUGUGUGCAUGUGUUGGGUGGUAAAGGGGGAGGGGCUUAUUGUAACCCUGCCCUCAUUUAUACUACAGGCCAGAAGUUUGGAAUGAUUAAGAUUUUUAAAAUAUUUUUAUUAAGAUGUCUCAAGUGAUCAAAAAUACAGUAAAAACUGUAAAAUUGUCAAUUAUUAUUACAAUUUAAAGCAAUGUUUUUCAUUUAAAUAUAUUUCAAAUGAAAUAUUUAGCAGCUUGACAGUUUUUAACAUUGAUUAUAAUGGUAUUAAUAAAUGUUUCUUGAGCACCAAAUCAGCAUUAGAACAAUUUCUGAAGGAUCAUGUGACAUUGAAGACUGGAGUAAUGGAAUAAAUGACACUUUAAAAUAUAUCUAAAUAUAAAACAGUAAUUUUAAACUGUAAUAAUAUUUAAUCAAAUAAAUGUAGCAUUAGUGAGCUUACGAGAUAUUAGAAAAGUUUAAUUAUUCCAAACUUUUGACCGAUAGGGUAUUAAAAACCAUUCUUUACCCUUCCUCCUCGCCUGUUCCACAGAUACAAGUUCUCAGCAAACCAGUGUCCCAGAAUCGUCAUGGCUUUGCUGAACAUUUUUCCCCGAACAACUCUCCUGCAAACGUUUUUUGGUAGCGGGAUGGGUUAAUGUCAUGUACAUGUAGAUGCUAAGUACUUCAACCUGUACUAAGUGAAUCAAGAUGUUUUGUACGGUGUCAUCUCUCAGCUCUGGUGCUUUUUGUCAGAGCAGGCAUGUAAAUCUGCGGCCCUGGCGCUGAGCGUGGAAUGAGACUGUCUCUUCUAACCUUUUUCCUCCUUUUUCUCUGAUACGGGCAUUCCCUGUAGCACACAGCUGUUUUGUGUCUCGUGUUACAGGCAAAGACUGUGUACCUGUUUGACUGAACAUACACUAACAAAUGAAUUUAUUGUUAAUAAAAAAACUACAACAUCUUAAGAAAUAUACAGAAGAAUGGAGAAACUACGUAAUGACGUUAUGGAAUGUUAAUCAAUUCUAGUGGUAAUAAUUAUUAUCUGCAUUAAGACAAGUAUAGUACACUUCAGAAGUGUAAAGCUGGAGAAAAACUGCUAUUUUAAUUCCAUUGACAGUUCUCCCAUUUAUACAGGGAGAUAUGCCAAGUUAAGCUUCCUUUACAUUGUUUAUUUUAUUUUAUGAUUCAAAUUAUAAUUUUGUUUUAACUUGCAGUGACACUGAAACCACAGUAAGAGUCUGGCACAUGAUGGAUCUUCAGGCCUGUAAUAUUUGAGGGGUUUCAUCCCAUUCGAUUUUUGUAGAAUCUAUAUUAUUUCUAGAUUUUACUUUAAUCAACACAGCUGAAGAAUGUUCGGCCCUGGUAGCAUAGAUAGCCUGAAAUUUGGACAGUAUUAUGUAUAUGGGGCCUUGAGCAAGGAAUGCUUUCAUACUUUUAUUCAAAUAAACGUAAAAGGAUUUGUGAGAUAUAUUAACAAUACUCUGAUACUGAUCAACAGAUGUUUCGUAUCACAAUAUAAUAUGAUUAAUGCAGUAUUUAACUUUUUUUUCUUAUCAUAUUUUGCUGUGAUAUGUAUAAUUUUUUUCAUUAAAAGCCUUUGAGUGCGUAAAUUAAAAAUUAUUAUAAAUGAAAUAACGUACAGAGAUCUAGAUAUUAUUUAACUUUGUCUUAACCAAAGAUUGGCUCUAACACAAAGAAAAUGUUUUUUUUUUUUUCAUUUAUUAAUCUCUUCUUUCAUUCAAAGAUUUUUGAGAAUGUAGCAAAGGUGGUAUAUGAGUAUGCUAUGCAAAAUGCUCUCUCCUGAACUACCAGCAAAGAGUCAGACUGGGACAAAAUCAAAUACUUUUUCUUUUUUUCCUAUAUACUAAGGAAGAAAAUGAUUUCCUGCUGAAUUGUUGAAUCUUUACUUAUUAAUGUCUGUACAGUUAACAGCCUUUGAAUGCGCAUUGUAGCUGGUGGGAGGAGGAUUUCUCAAAGAUGAAAUGGCAUUUCAAAGUUUUCCAUUGGGGACUCAUUUGUAAAUGCUUGAGGCUGAGUGAACUUGUAUUUUUGCAAUAAAGUUAUUACCAAUGCACUCCAGCAGGGGCGCUGCACAAACGCCUA